CACAGGUAGUCCUUUCAGUUGACCACCCUUCCCAUCAUGCUCCAACCUCGAAUAUACAGACCUGUGGUGUCCUCGGAGGCGUCUCUAGCCGCGCUAGCUUCGUCUCUGAGUGCAUUGAGCCUAUGCUCAAAACACGCUCACCUCAACCCGCGGACCUCAACUAUCUUCGUUCGCCAUGCUUCUCACGCCCAGCAAGGCCGCGCAAACGGUCCCUCCGACUCCGCGGGGAGACGGCUGGGAGCCAAAAAGGGCUCUUCAGAAUGGGUGCACCCCGGAAACAUAAUAUUCAAACAGAGAGGAACGAAAUGGUUCCCCGGCGAGAACGUCGGCAUCGGGAAAGACCACACCCUUUACGCCCUCGAAUACGGCUAUGUGCGCUACUACCGAGAUCCCCUGAAGCAUCCCAAGAGACGAUACAUCGGCGUGGCACUGGAAAAGGAAGGACCAAGAUCUCAACUUCCCACACCGCGCAAUGCGCCCACUCGGAGACGGCUAGGGAUGUACGCCGCGCCCAUGCAACCGCCACCAGAGUCUCAAAAGUCUGUGGACGAGUCGUUCCUCGAGGCUCACCUGAGCCUGAGCAGCAAGGGCCACGGCCAAGUAGCGUUCAAAUCCUCGAGGGGAGCAGUCACGCCGACUCCGGCAGCGCCUCCGCCGGCCUUCAACCGACAAGGGACGUAUCGUGAGGCAAACGCAUCGAUCGGUUGGGCGGCUGAAAGGAAGGGAGUGAAGGUGCGGGAGUACGAUCGCAACGACCGGUGGCUGGCAUGGAAGAAGCGGUCGCUCAGAGUGAAGAGAGGCAUGGAGGCCAAAGCAGCUAGGGCGAUGAGAAAGACCAAGGGCAAGAAAUCUAAUAAAGGACAGAAGACUGCCCAGAAGAAGAAGUGAUGAGAGUGCAUGGAAGUGUGAGACAAGUGUACAAAUAUAUGAGCACUAUCAUCCGACCGAUUGACCACGGUGAUGACUAUAUUCGCAGCUCGCAGCACCAAAGGCAGCGUUCUGUUUGGGUGAUUGUGAAAAGUCAAAAAUCUCUUUCAUCUAUAUAUCGCAGACUCGCCAUGCUCUAACAAUUUUCCUCAAUACAGAGCGUUACACGCUGGGGAAUGACUUGACCUCACAACUCGUCUCCAGACU